GAGGUAAAGUCAAGAACGGACGUCGCGGAAUAAGGCAACUUAUAAUUUCGAUAACCGGAUAACCGAUUAAUUCAUUAAUUUUCACUUGUGUGCGUGUGUGUUUUGUUAAAAAAUUUCCACAGCCUAAAGUUUCUAAAGAUACAAAUAAAAUAAUCUGAGCAAAUAAAAGAUUUAAAACGAACUACGAACGAGAACGCCUUUUUUUGCUGUGAAAUCGAUGGCAGUGUUGCCAUUUUGGUGGUAUUUUAUUAAAAAAUUGCACGGCAGAUAAAAUAAAGUAAUAACAGAUUUAAAAAGGAAUACAAAGUUUCUGAUUCGAAAUCGACUUAAGUCAGCGAAACAUCAAAGCUUUUAAAAGUUUUUCGUUCUUGGAUUAGAUUAACAACUCGCAAAGCUGGCGGAGGAGACGGCAGAGAAUUCCAACAUGAGUUGGGGUACUGAAUUAUGGGAUCAGUACGACAACUUGGCGAUACACACAAACAAAGGCAUUGAAUUCUUGGACAAAUAUGCAAAUUUCAUACGUGACCGUUUAGCGAUAGAAACAGAAUAUGCCACCAAAUUAAGGCGCUUAGUGAAAAAUUAUCAGCCUAAGAAAAAAGAAGAGGAGGAUAACGAAUUCACAUCAUGUCAAGCUUUCCGCAAAGUUCUCAAUGAAAUCAGUGAUUUGGCUGGACAACGAGAAGUUGUUGCUGAAUCCCUACAAUUACAAAUAAUUCAAGGCAUUUCCCUUCUUUCCAAAACCUUGAGGGAUGAACGAAAGAAAUGCCUUUCCAAUGGCACUUAUUUACAUCAAAACCUCACCACACAAUUGGCGGCAUUGGAUCGGGCCAAACGAAACUACGAGAAAGCUUAUCGUGAUUCAGAGAAAGCUGUUGAUAACUACAAAAAGGCUGAUAUGGACUUGAAUUUAAGUCGAGCUGAAGUGGAACGCUACAAGAAUAUAAUGACGGCGAAAAUUCAACAGUCCGAUGAUGCAAAGAAUGAAUAUGCCAACCAAUUACAAAAAUCAAAUAAUCUGCAGCAACAACACUAUCAUGAACUAUUACCAGAGGUAUUUAAUCGCCUGCAAGAGUUGGAUGAAAAACGCACACGAGGUAUUAGAGAAUUCAUCAUUGGUGCCGCAGAUGUUGAAUCCUCGGUGGCGCCAAUAAUCGCCAGAUGUUUGGAGGGUAUGGUAAAAGCUGGAGAAUCAAUUAAUGAAAAAGAAGAUUCAUACAAAGUCAUUGAAAGGUAUCAGUCUGGUUUUACACCACCAAGCGAUAUACCUUUCGAGGAUUUGUCAAAACUAGAUACCCUCGAUUCAUCGCAAGAAUCCCAUUUCAAUCAUGUACAGUCCAGUCAUUUAACCGUUAAGGGUACCAUAAGUGCUAAUAAAAUUAAGAAGCGUGUGGGGAUUUUCAAUAUAUUUGGCGGUAAUAAGCAACAGAAGAUUAUUGAAGCCUGUAUCACUAUGAAGAAUUCUCUUACUGCGGACGGACAAAAGGAAGAUUUCAGUGAUUUGCCACCAAAUCAAAGGCGUAAAAAGCUUCAAGCCAAAAUCGGUGAACUACAACAGAAGAUCCAACAAGAAACAGCGGCGCGUGAUGGUCUCAUGAAAAUGAAAGUCGUCUACGAGGCCAACUCCUCGUUGGGCAAUCCAAUGACCGUUGAAGGACAACUCAACGAAUCCGAACACAAGUUGGAGAAACUUAAAAUGGAUUUGAAAAAAUACCAAGGCUACUUGGAGAAGGCAAAUCAAAUACCUAUGGCCAAUAAUAGUCCGCAAGCAAAUCGCACCAGCAGUAUGAACAAUGGCCAUCGAUCGUCAAGGCAUUCCAAUGGCAGCACCGAGGACAACAACUACGAUGGUGAUUUCCAACCAGACGAUGCUGGAAGUUUAAGCAGGUCAGAUUCUGAGGAUAAUGUGGCGCAAAUUCAAAAUGGCCAUAAUAAUAACAACAACGGCAGUUCGGCAAGUCCUGAAAGUGGGCUGGGCACAUCACAUACCUCACUUCCCGGCUCGGGCCAUGGUAGUGCACACGAAAAUGCAAUGGGCGAAGACGCCUAUUAUGAAACUGAAAUGGAACCCCUGCAACCACUAGGAACGUGUCGAGCUUUAUAUCCAUUUGAGGCGACCAGCGAAGGAAGCAUACCCAUGAACGAAGGCGAAGAAUUACAGGUUAUUGAAAUUGACCAGGGGGAUGGCUGGACGCGAGUGCGCCGCAUGAAUAACUCCAAUGGCUGGGAUGAAGGCUUUGUGCCCACAAGCUACAUUGAAUGUACACUCUAUGCUUAGGUCGUACAAACAAGUGAAUACAGUCUAAAACCAUUACAACCACAACUAAUUACUGCUGCGUUCGGCGAGCAAAUAUACUAACAAUUCAAAAACAACAAAAUUUACUUUACUGCAGAAAACCACUUAACGCAACGUUGGGAACCAGGAGCUACCGGAGAAAUCACAAUUCAAUUGAGACAACAUUGACUAAGAGAUGAAGAAUAGAAUUUUAUUUUUCUGUUUCCCUUUUUUUUGACGAUGUUUUCCUUUCUUUUUUAUUAAUUGAAAAGAUUUUUCGUUUUUAAACAUUACAAUACGAAUAGGGUGUACUUUAGUUUUUGUAAGUUGACUUUUAUUUUUCAAUUACGCAUAUGUGUACAGCAACACACAGAACUAUAUAAAUAAUAAUGAUAAUAAUAAUAAUAAUAAUAAUAAUGUUACGCGCUUAAGUUGUACAUUUUUGAAUUGUUUUCAUAAUCUUUGGCGAUAUUAGUAUUUCUGUGACAGUAACCAAUUUACAAUGCCACAUCAUUUUGAGUUGAUAACACACAUGCAUACUCGUACAUACCUACGAUUCCAAGCAGGGUAUAUAUACAUAUAUUUUUUUCAUUUCUUUGCUAUUUUUUUAAUUUUCAUUUUGUUUUUUUUUUCACAAAAACAAAAAAUAAAAAAAGUUCAUUUAAUUUAUUGCCUUCUUUCAGCGGUGGCCUUGUUUUAUAGAUGAAACAUAAAAAUUAUAUUAUUUUGUAAAUUGCAUCAACCAUUCAUUGAAUUUGCUUUGCCGUUUUGUUUUCUUUCGUUUGAUGGAUUGAAAAAUAUUUUAUUGCGAUUUUACAAGUUAAAAAAACACACUAACACACACACACACAAUCUUGGUUUCAUUCUCCCUAUCACGGCUUAAAAAAGUGUAUUUGUUUUCACGUACAUAAAUGAAGUGAAAUGAAGUUUGUCGCCACAAGGAAUUCAUUUUGACACUUUGUUUACGUAUUAAGGCUGGUACUACAUUCGCUUUUCGCGAUAUUUUUCACCAAUUACUUUUUUUUAGAUAGUAGAUUUUAAAGCAAAUAAACUUUCUGAUUUCAUUCCCUUAUAACUCAUGGUAAAAUUGUUAUUUUUUAUCAUUGUUAUUUUUGUCUUGCUUCAAAAAAGUAGACGUCAAAAAAGAUGGGUUUCGAACGGUGAAAGACGAACAUAGUACCAGCCAUAAUAUUUGGUCUUCAUAGGUAGUAAUGAAUGUUUUUUUCUUUUAGUUUUUGCAAGCUAAUCUAGCGCUGGAAAUCACCUGCCUUAUAUAUAUAGUUACACAGUUCAAUCCAUCCAUAUGCAUUCUAUGGUUGACGAUCAAUCCCGUUGCAGCCGGUUGUACGUAACGGCUUGACACGAUAGAGUCUUUCAUCGGCAAGGACUGCCUCAGAAGUAUGCAUUUUUUUUUUUGCAUUUGCAUUGAAGUAGAGUUGAUUCGGCGCAUUUCGUUAGCAUUUAAUUACGUUUGCAAUUAAAAUUGUGUCAAAUUUAUCCUAAUGCAGCGACAUGUCGCUAAUUUUUUGCUCAUACAACUCAGUACCAUUUGUACGGAAUGUGUUGGCAUUUUCUUCGACACCAUUUUUUUUUAUAAGGCAUUUUGACAGUUGAUCGUGUGAAAAGUCGAAGUCAGUACUAGACUUUAGUAAAGAGACCAAACCACAAAUUUUGAAUUUUAGAAAUUUCGUCAAGUUUUAACCAGAAAUAAAAUUUCAAAAAAAAAUUAAAUUUUCAUGUUUGACACUACAAGUAGCUUCUUAAUUACCAUCUAUAGACAUAAGCAGCCACCUUAUGAGCCCAUAAUAUUGUUAUGCCAAUCAUUAAUUUAUUUAUUUUCAAAGUUACCGUAAAACUUCGUUGCAGUCGGGUCUGUUUUUGGUGGGCUAGUCCAUAUCACCCGCUCUCUUACAAUCACUUUAUCCCCGAACAAAACCAUGAUCAGGCCAUUGCAAUUUUCUGUAUGCUGAAUAAAUGAGGUAAACGCUUGUGUCUGAACCAAAACCAAAAACGAAUUGUUUUUAUUAGUGAUCGAUAUCACAAUCAGUGUUACCACUCGAGAAAAUCAAUUCCUGCCAAACUUUAGGAAAAAUCCUACCAAAUGUUCUGCAGGCCAAAAAUGCCAAAUGUUUUUAUACCCACCACCGAAGAGUUGACCAUUCCAUUUGUAAUUCAUUAAAUUGUACAUUUUCAACUCUGCUCAAGUAUGCACACUAUACCAUCAUUAUAUCUGAAUAUGUCCGUUCGUCUGUUUGUUGACAUCACUCUACAACCUAAAGUUUAAGGAUGGACUAUGUCUUGAUGUUCCGAUAAGAAAUCUUGAGUUCAUAAAAGUCGUAUUUUUGCCCUGAUUUCAAUGAACAACCGUACCUAAUUUGUGAUUUUGGGGUUUGAGCCCAGAAAUAAGGUCUUGUUGUCCAAUUUCACCGUGCCAGUGAGAUGCAUGGACCCCUCAACGUCUGAAUAUGGACCAGAUCUGAACAUAUUUGUGUGCAGCUGCCACAUAACCCAGUUUUCCGAUUGCAGGCACUCAUUAGUUGCCCAGAAUUUACGAAAUUUGUACCAGUUACAGUCAAUAUCCGAGCUUACGCCUCUUUCGCCAAGUUUGAAAGAGUAUUUAGCUCCUCGACAUCCAUGGAUUUAUUCUGCACUCUUUACGAGUACACAGAAACGACAAGAAAUGAAAGAUUUUGAAUUAUUUGGUAUUAAUGUGUUGGGAAAAACCAAGAGAAUAAAAACCUACCGAUUUCGGUGGGAACCGAACAUACCAAAAACGGCAACACUGAUCACAAUAUCAUUUCAUUUGUGACCCCACAAUUUACAAACCAUCCGUCAUACUCUGCACAAGAGCCCCCCACUUAUUUUACUAUGUAUAAAAUGUUGUUGCUUUUUGUCUUCUAGCAAUUAUCAUAAUUAUCAUAUUAUUUUGGUAUUUUUAUUUAGUUAUACAUACCUGUGUUUUAAGUAGUUAUGUUAAAUUUUGUAUUACAUUUAGAAACAUGAGUCAAUGAUUUAUGCCAUAAGUCAUAAAGUAAUUCAGCUCUUAUGGCACACAUUUGAGAAUGGGGGCAAGUGUGACAUCCGAACGAAGCCUGCCUAUUAAAAAUAUACGUGCACAUUAUAAAUAGACAAGGAAAACUCAAUACUAUUGUAAUACAACACUACCAACCUAUUUAGAUUAUUUGUAAUAACAACAAUUACAAAGAGAAAUUAGAGUUAAACAAUUACUUUUGUUUCAGGCUUAAACUAAUUUGACAAACGCAUAAUACUAGUAAUAAUGAUUCUUAAAAAUAAAUUAUUUUUGUACAA